ACGUUAAAAGAGAUUGCGAUUUCAGCAAAAACAUUAAAUUAAAAUUUAACAAGAAAAUACAAUAAGAACCUUAAUUAAGAUUAGUGGAAAGACAUUAGUAGUGCUGUUUAAAUAUAAUUAACUAGAAAAGAAGUAGAAAUCACAUAAAAUGGCUGCAGAAAUUGAAGGUUUUUUCAAAAAUGAUUUGCGAGAUAAAAUUGCAUCGUCAAAACUGCUUGUUGUUGGUGCCGGUGGAAUAGGUUGUGAAAUCUUAAAGAAUCUCGUCAUGUCUGGCUUCAAAGACAUCGAAAUUAUUGAUUUGGACACAAUUGAUGUUUCCAACUUAAAUAGACAGUUCCUGUUCCACAAAGAACAUGUUGGAAAGGCUAAAGCUGUAGUUGCUCGUGAAACAGCAUUAAAGUUCAACCCAAAUGUGGAAAUUAAAGCAUAUCAUGAUAGUAUUUUCAGUACUGAUUAUGGAGUUAGCUUCUUCCAACGCUUCACAAUGGUCCUAAAUGCUCUUGACAAUCGUGCAGCACGUAAUCAUGUUAAUCGUAUGUGCUUAAAUGCUAAAAUUCCAUUGAUUGAAAGUGGUACUGCUGGAUAUAAUGGACAAGUUGAAUUAAUUGAGCGAGGAGUUUCACAAUGUUACGAAUGUAUGCCAAAAGCAGCUCAAAAAGUUUUUCCAGGCUGUACAAUCCGUAAUACACCGUCGGAACCAAUUCAUUGUAUAGUUUGGGCAAAACAUCUCUUUAAUCAACUAUUUGGUGAGGAUAAUGCUGAUGAAGACGUUUCGCCAGAUACAGCCGAUCCAGAAGCAUCAGGUGAUGCUGGAAAAGAAGCUUUGGACAGUGAAUCUAAUGAAAAAGGAAAUGUUGAACGAACGAGCACAAAACAAUGGGCAAAGAAUUGUGAUUUUAUGCCUGAAAAGCUAUUCAACAAGUUCUUUAAUGAUGACAUAAAUUAUUUGUUGAGCAUGUCGAAUUUAUGGAAGACUCGUACGCCACCAAAACCGAUGAAAUUCGGUGAACAUGAUGAAAUUAUUGCUGAAAUGAGCGAUGUCGCAUCAUCAGCAGGUGUCGUGCGUGAUCAGAAAGUAUGGACUAUAGCUGAAUGUCAACAAGUUUUUGCUGAAAGUGUUAAUAAUCUCAAGGAACAGGUAUUAAAGCUUAAUGAGGAUGACAAUUUAGUUUGGGAUAAAGAUGAUAAAGACGCUAUGGAUUUUGUAACAUCCUGUGCUAAUAUUCGCUCAACAGUCUUUGCAAUUCCACGUAAAUCACGUUUUGACAUUAAAUCUAUGGCUGGCAAUAUUAUUCCUGCUAUUGCUUCAACAAAUGCUAUUACUGCCGGUUUUGUUGUUCUUCAUGCUUUCAAAGUAUUGGAAAAGAAAUUCGAUCAAUGUCAGAGCGUUUAUGUUCGUGCUCAGCCUAAUGCUCGUAAUCAAAUCUUCGUACCAGAAAAGUUCAUCACACCACCAAAUCCAAAUUGCUAUGUCUGUGCUGCCAAACCUGAAUUAAUCCUGAAAAUUGAUACUGAAAAAAUUACAGUAAAGGAAUUGCGUGAUGAUAUUUUGAUUAAAGAAAUGCAUAUGGUUAAUCCAGAUGUUAUGUUAGAUGGUAAAGGAAUUAUAAUCAUAUCAUCGGACGACGACGAGACAGAAUGCAACGAAGCUAAAUUACUUAAAGAGAUGCACAUUGUUGAUGGAUGUAUUUUAAAGGUUGAUGAUUUCUUCCAAAAUUAUGAGCUAACGAUAACAAUUAUUCACAAGACUGCUGAACGUGACGACCCCAAAUUUGAGAUUGUAGCUGAUAAAGAUGUCUUGAAGACAGCUGAAAGUGUCGAAGAAGUUAAGAAACAAAAGAAAGAAGAAUCAACAUCUCAACCACAGCCAGGACCUUCAAAUGGUGCAUCAUCGUCCUCAAACGGCACUAAAGCUUAUGAAAGUGACGAAGAUGAUUUAAUUAUUGUUGAACCACAGUCGCUGGUCGCUGAAAAGAGAAAGCAUUCAGCAGGGGGUGAAGAUGAAUCGCCAGGUUGCAAACGAAUUCGGAUUGAACAGGAACCAACCGCAUCAUCAUCAAAAGGAUCGACUGCAAUGUGCAGUAUUGAUGAUGAUGAAGAUUUAAUUUGCAUUGAUGAUGAUUAAAUCAAGUUAAAAUAAGCUAAGAAAAAAAAGAAUCACAAAAACAAAUUCCUUAAACUUCGUUAAGAAAGAGAAGAAAAAUAUUUCAAGAAACAUUAAUUAAUUAAUUACAUUUAAGCUAAUUUACAUUUCUUAUACGAUGUGAGAUCAAACUAUAGAUGUCAAUAAAGAUGAGUCCAAGAAGAAGAUUUAUAAG